UGUCCAGUGGACUGCGCUCAAACCUCACUCUGUCCUUAAAGGCACGGCGAGGGGCGUGUGCGCGCUCAGACAAGGUGACGGAGGGUCGUUUCGCACUGGAUCACCGGGAUGUUUCAUUUAUGCGUCUUUUGUCCUUCUUGAAUUCUUCAGAGGUAUUCACGGGCACCGAGGGGAGAGAGAGAGGUGGGAAGUUGCGAGUUGUGUGUGAGUGAGGACAGCCAAAGUAAACAGUCUGCAGAAAAAGCCGCAGCUCAGGCAACGCACAACAGGAGGCUGAGAUGAAGAAGAAGGACAACUCAGCCACAGGCAGCUGGAAGUUAGACAACAACCAGAUCUCCUCUGCAGUGAAGAACUCCUGCCAUCCCGAUCUGAAGAUGUUCCUGGCAGCCCUGUCCUUCGCCUACUUUGCCAAGGCUUUAUCUGGCAGCUAUAUGAAGAGCACAAUUACACAACUAGAGAGGCGAUUUGACAUCUCCAGUUAUCUGAUCGGCAUCAUAGACGGGAGCUUCGAAGUAGGGAAUUUGCUGGUGAUUGCCUUUGUGAGCUAUUUCGGCGCCAAACUCCACCGACCCAAGAUCAUAGCAAUCGGGUGCAUCUUGAUGUCUUUCGGCACCUUCUUGAUCGCCAUGCCGCAUUUCAUCAUUGGCCGCUAUAAGAUUGAAACGUCCGUUAGAUCUUCAGGGAAUUCAACCAAUAGCCUCUCUCCAUGUCCAGUGAGCUCACCUGAGUCCAUCAGGGCAGGUGACAGACCCUCCAUACUGCCCUCUAAAGGAUGUGUGCGUGAGUCCAGUGUUUCGAUGUGGAUCUACGUGUUUUUGGGAAAUGUCCUGCGUGGGAUCGGAGAGACUCCAGUACAGCCUUUGGGAAUCUCCUACAUUGAUGAUUAUGCACAGUCUGAGAAUGCUGCCCUCUAUAUUGGUUGUGUCCAAACAAUAUCAAUAAUUGGUCCCGUGUUUGGCUACCUGCUGGGGUCGCUUUGUGCCAAGAUCUACGUCGACAUUGGUUAUGUGGACAUGGAGACUGUGACUAUCACGCCCGCUGAUGCCCGCUGGGUGGGGGCAUGGUGGCUGGGCUACCUCAUCACCGGCACCAUCACUCUCAUGUCCGCUGUUCCUUUCUGGUUCCUGGCCAAGUCGCUGCCGAUCCCCGUGGAUAAACACGAUACCAGCUGCACUCCAGAGCAAACCCGGUUCAUCAAAGGUUCCCCGACCAUGGAGCACAAGUUCAGACCCGAGGAGCCGGCUAAUUUACAUCAGAUGGCCAAAGACUUUCUUCCAGCAUUGAAGAGUCUCCUCGGAAAUCCUGUGUACAUCAUCUACUUAUGCGUGACCAUCAUUCAGUUCAACUCUCUCAUCGGGAUGGUCACCUACAAAACCAAGUACAUUGAGCAACACUACGGCCAGUCGGCAUCCAAAGCCAAUUUCCUCAUGGGCAUGAUCAACAUCCCGGCUGUGGCCCUCGGGAUGUUCUCUGGAGGGGUCGUCAUGAAGAAGUACAAGCUGGGUAUCAUGGGAGCAGCUAAAUUUGCCUUCGGGACUUCACUGCUGGGCUACUUCCUGUCACUCUUUUUCUUCGCCAUGGGCUGUGAUAACUCUAAAGUGGCAGGGAUCACUGUUUCAUACACUGGGGUGGAAGGUUUGCCUCAUCAGGAGCGCUCUCUCUUCUCCGACUGUAAUUCGGAUUGCUUGUGCUCCGGAAGGGAGUGGGACCCGGUGUGUGGAGAGAACGGGAUCACCUACAUGUCCCCGUGCUUGGCUGGGUGCACAUCGUCUUCUGGAUCUGGGAGAAACACGGUUUUUGACAAUUGCAGGUGUGUGGCUGCGGCUAACACCCAGCCCGGAAAUCUGACGGUCAGCCUGGGCCAGUGUCCGCGCGGGGACAGCUGUGAAAAGAUCUUCCCAUACUUCCUGGCUCUGUCCGUCCUCAGCUCGUUCAUCAUCUCUCUCGGGGGAACACCAGGCUAUGUGCUGCUCAUCAGGUUCAUUAAACCGGAGCUGAAAUCACUUGCACUUGGGAUCCACACACUGGCCACUCGCACACUCGCUGGAAUACCUGCCCCUAUAUACUUUGGAGCAGUAAUCGACACAACAUGCCUCAAAUGGGGAUACAAGCUGUGUGGAGGAAGAGGAGCAUGUAGAAUAUAUAACACUGCAGCUUACAGGAUAGUGUACCUGGGCCUGGUUCUGGGCUUGAGGACAGUCUCCUUCUUCUUUUGUAUUUUCGGUUUUGCAGUCUUUAAAAGACAUAUUAAGAGGGAGGAGAAAAGCGCCCUGACCAAUGGGAACGCAGAGAUGGAGUCCCUGAGGAAAGAGGAGAACAGCUCCACGCACUGUGAGCAAUUUGUUGUGGCCUUGGACUGCAGUCCUGACAGAGAAACUCGCUUGUGAGCCUCAGCACAACCUGUUGGUCUUUUCUGAAUCAGCUCCAGGGAGCAGCACCUCAGGUGUGCAGAGGAGCACACACUGCGGAAGCAUUUCAGAGCACACAAAAUAAAGUACAGAAUGUAUAUGUACGGGAUUUGUUGAAACAUAAGAUUACUGACAAAGAGCCACUUUAUAAACAUGCUGCUUCAGGAAUGUGUACAUUUAUGUUUGUGUUUUUUCAUGAAUUGAAAACUUUUUUAGAAAAAACUAUUGUAAUUGUGCUUUAUAUAAUAUGUUUGUCUUUGUUUUUAUGAUAAAACUUGACAUAAUCAUUUCUCAGAUUCAACACAUAUUACGGUGCCUGAAUUCAUGGCUUCACUUUCACUUCAGCAGAGUUUCCUGCGUUAAACAGGCCUGCAGACAGUUUCUGUGGCACAUCUGCUGGAAUAACUGUGAGUGAGGCUGCACUGAGACAGAGUCGAUGUUCGAACCUGCGAACGACUGAGGUCAGCAACCUGAUCAAAGCAGCAGAGGAACAGCUGCCCACUGAAAGAUGAUAUGUUGAGGCCAAGCUAUCAGUCCAGAUGUGAAAUAAAUCAUUCCUGCCGUAGAAUCGCUGUUUCAUUACAAUUUGUGGCUUCGGCAGCCAAACUUGUCUCUAUGAGAGGGAGAAGCCAUGUCUGCUGGUGAGGACUGUGAUAAACAGCUUCAGAACACGUGUGUGUGUGUGUCGAGCCUUGGAUUCGUUUUUGCAGCGUUGAUUUACAAACCACAUGUACUGUACCUGACUGCACAUUGUAUAAUAUAUGUACAGUAGCCACCAGUGUGCCUCGUCAUUAUGGAGCUUCUUGCAUUUUGUUUUCAAAACGUAAUCUUAUGUUGUGUCUGUGUGGUAUCGGCCUUUUUCUCUGCAUCACCGUGCGGAACACACAGUCAAGGUUUGUUGUUUGUUUUCAAUGUACAUAGUGUAUACCAGUGAAACAAAAAAUUACAAAAAAAAGUCACAUUUUACUAUAUGUUCGAAGGAAGAUAGAGAUUUAAACACAAACCUUUCGCAAAGGCCCAUGAACAGUCUACGAAUGAAACCACAUUUAAAUUCAUUGCAUCCAGAUUUUAUUUGGAUCUGCACUAACUUGCACACACUCGUAAACAUCAGUUCCUUAAACAAUCUUUUUUCAUCAAGAUCCAUGAAUUAUUAUUAUAUCUCACUUUGUUAAAGAAAGUGAAAAAAAAUCCUGGAUCUGCCCCCUGAUCCAGAACCACACAAACUUUAAUGGAUUCUUUCCUUAUCUAUACUGCCCCCUCUCCUUUGGUAAUCUGUCCAAUAGUUUUUGCGUUGUCUUGCAUACAAACAAACAUGCAAAUCAAUCAACAAACUGACAGAGUUAAUCAUAUGAUUAAACUUUAAUAUGAAUAAAAUCUGCUUUUGUCCAGCUUUUAUUUAUCAAAACUUUUAAAACAUACAAACAAAUGUGAAAUACAUGUCACACUAUAGUAGCAACUUAGCAUUAGCAUGAAUACCAUGGAGAUAACGCAGCAUGUUUCAUGUGCUGAUAGGACGACAGUAAACUGGUGGUCUGGGGUUAUUAAUUAUUAUUAAGUAUUAGUAUUACCGAUAAGCAUAAGACCCUGAGGAAAUAUUAAGAGAUAUUUUCCCUUCAUUUGUUGAGUGAAUAGAUGGUAGAGCAACACACAAAAAGUGAUCAUGUACGUUCAGCCUUUAAAAAAAUACAUUAAAUCCAAGUGUUUUUCUUUUGUUUGUUUAAUGCUGACGAUUGAAACAUGUGCCUCUGUUCAGAUAUGAAGGUAAAUGAAAGUGCAACACAGAUGUGUUGGUGAGCUACUGCAUGUAGCACACAGUUGUAACGAGAAGACAGAGGAGAAACAACUACUGUGACUGUGUUCCUGUGGUUACUGAUCCUUUUUGUCUUCUGCACUCUGGAGAUUCUGUGGAUCAAAAAAAGGAUAAUAAAAAAAAAGAUUGUA